AUGGCAUCCAGGAGAUUAUCAACACUAUGGGCGCAUGAGGCUCGCGGGUCUCAGCGUCUAUGUCUCUCGGGCGCUCGUCGUAUCCCAGCUGUGGCAUCUACCUCUACCGGAAAAUCAGCAGUACACCCGAUGAUCGCAAGGUCAUAUUCUCAAGGCAAGGUCUCUAACCUAGCCAAGAACUUUCGUCGACCUGGAAAUGCCGCCGAGACCUAUGUUGCCUAUGGUAUGACGCAAAAGCUGUUCGAGGCCUGUUCGACCCAAGCCGACUACAAGAUUCCCCAAGCAUCGCAAAAGGGAGUAGAAGUGCCCAAGACAGAAGCAGGAGAGGACCUUGGUGUAGGUGAGAGCUGGUGGUAUACAGAGCUUGGCCUCAAGCCAACCUUUGCCACUUGGUCCCAGGUUACUCUGCUGCACAUGUAUCUGUUGACCGUUCGUCUCCGUGCCCUCCCCUACCGCGACAGCGUCACCACCUACUCUCGCCACCUGAUCGAUCACUUCUCGCACGAAGCAGAGCACCGCAUGGACGUGUACCACGACCUGGGUAGUCGCACCAUUCGCAACAAAUACUUGAAGGAUCUGUUCAUUCAAUGGCGUGGAAUUAUUGCUGCAUACGAUGAGGGGUUGGCCAAGGGGGAUGCGGUGCUGGGCGCUGCAGUCUGGAGAAACCUCUGGAAGGGUAGCCAGACCGGUCCGGAUGGAGAAGAAAUCGAUUGGGCCAAGGUUGCGCAGGUAGUGGUUUAUAUGCGCCGAAACUUGGCGGAGCUAGCGAAGAAAGAAGAGGUCGAUCUUGUCUUCGCGCUGGGGGACAAGAAGGACGCCGGCAUCUUCCAAUACUCUGACUCAGACAGGAAACUUGUCGGCAGCCAGUAA